AUGAGAUCACAACUCGUAAGCGUACCGAAACACAUUCGUGUCCGUACAUUCACAACCACUCCCGUUGCACAGUCAUGGCUUGGAUCAAUAUUUGGUAAAAACAAAAACCGAAUCACCGACAAGAGACGCGAGGAGAUUAUUGCACAACAAGAUGAGAUUGCUGCAAAGGAAAAAUCAAUCAAGAUCCGUCACUUGACUAAGGAAAACUCGCCAGAGUUUUUGAAACAACUUGAGGAGAGCAAAGUUGAGAGAUCGUCUUUGGUCAAGAAUUGGAAGUCUCGUAACUUGGCGCCAUCGCAAUUGGAAGAAACGUAUAAUGACAAGGUGCAAUUACAAGGAAUCGUUCAGAAAGUUUAUAAAGAUGUUCUUAUCCUCGAUUUAAAAGCAUCUGCCAAGACAGACAAACCAAAAUUUAGCGACUUUACUCUGGUGGACGAAAUCUUAACACAAGUUGGCGGUGUCGAGAGAUUUGAACAAUAUGGUUUGGAAAACUUGGACUUGCGUUUUGAGUUGGUUAAAAAGUUACAAUCUAGUUUGGGAAUUGAAUUGAAUGAUUAUACAAUCAGUAAGUGUCACAAUUUGAAAGACUUGUACGUGGAAAUUGAAAAUGUCGUUAAUACAAGAUGGAAAUGGGAAAGAAACCCCAAUGCCAUUGUGUUGAGGAAAGAGGACUUUACAGCACCAAACAUUCACUUGAGUGAAGAGAGAACAGAACAAGAAAAGAUGGCCGAGUACCAAAAGAUUUUGCAACAAAUGAGAGCUGCUGACCUGGCGCACUUGGAACACGUGAAAACCCAAGAGGCAUCCUAA